CGGUGACGCUUAGUGAGGUGAUUGGUGGAGCUCUGUGUGUCCUGUACACGUGUCCUUCGAGUCACCGGAGCCGUGAUGCAGGUGGGACCGGGAGUUGUGUGACGUCACCGGUAAUCUUACCGGUCAAUAAGGCGCCCGGCGAGAUGGGGGGGAUAGAGGGAGGACAACUAUAAUCCGGGAUAUACAGCAUUGCAUUAAUUCAGGGAUAGUGACAUGUUAAUAUGAGGCUGGAGGAGGAGAGACACAUCCUGGGUAACAGGGAUACAGGAUCAGACUGAAUGAGGGUAAUACUGAGUAACAGAAACACAUGGAUAGCAUAUACUGGGUGCAAAUAAUAGCGAGUAACAGUAACACAUGGAUAGCAUAUACUGGGUGCAAAUAAUACUGAGUAACAGUAACACAUGGAUAGCAUAUACAGGGUGCAAAUAAUACCGAGUAACAGUAACACAUGGAUAGCAUAUACUGGGUGCAAAUAAUACAGAGUAACAGUAACACAUGGAUAGCAUAUACAGGGUGCAAAUAAUACCGAGUAACAGAAACACAUGGAUAGCAUAUACUGGGUGCAAAUAAUACUGAGUAACAGUAACACAUGGAUAGCAUAUACUGGGUGCAAAUAAUACAGAGUAACAGUAACACAUGGAUAGCAUAUACUGGGUGCAAAUAAUACAGAGUAACAGUAACACAUGGAUAGCAUAUACUGGGUGUAAAUAAUACCGAGUAACAGUAACACAUGGAUAGCAUAUACUGGGUGUAAAUAAUACCGAGUAACAGUAACAGAGGGAUAGCAUAUACUGGGUGCAAAUAAUACCGAGUAACAGUAACACAUGGAUAGCAUAUACUGGGUGCAAAUAAUACCGAGUAACAGUAACACAUGGAUAGCAUAUACUGGGUGCAAAUAAUAGCGAGUAACAGUAACACAUGGAUAGCAUAUACUGGGUGCAAAUAAUACAGAGUAACAGUAACAGAGGGAUAGCAUAUACAGAGUGCAAAUAAUACUGAGUAACAGUAACACAUGGAUAGCAUAUACUGGGUGCAAAUAAUACCGAGUAACAGUAACACAUGGAUAACAUAUACAGGGUGCAAAUAAUACUGAGUAACAGUAACACAUGGAUAGCAUAUACAGGGUGCAAAUAAUACUGAGUAACAGUAACACAUGGAUAGCAUAUACUGGGUGCAAAUAAUACCGAGUAACAGUAACACAUGGAUAGCAUAUACUGGGUGUAAAUAAUACUGAGUAACAGUAACAGAGGGAUAGCAUAUACAGAGUUCAAAUAAUACUGAGUAACAGUAACACAUGGAUAGCAUAUACUGGGUGCAAAUAAUACCGAGUAACAGUAACACAUGGAUAACAUAUACUGGGUGCAAAUAAUACCGAGUAACAGUAACACAUGGAUAACAUAUACUGGGUGCAAAUAAUACCGAGUAACAGUAACACAUGGAUAGCAUAUACUGGGUGCAAAUAAUACCGAGUAACAGUAACACAUGGAUAGCAUAUACUGGGUGCAAAUAAUACCGAGUAACAGUAACACAUGGAUAGCAUAUACAGGGUGCAAAUAAUACAGAGUAACAGUAACAGAGGGAUAAGCAUAUACAGGUGCAAAUAAUACCAGUAACAGUAACACAUGGAUAACAUAUACAGGGUGCAAAUAAUACUGAGUAACAGUAACACAUGGAUAGUAUAUAGGGUGCAAAUAAUACUGAGUAACAGUAACACAUGGAUAGCAUAUACUGGUGCAAAUAAUACCAGUAACAGUAACACAUGGAUAGCAUAUACUGGUGUAAAUAAUACUGAGUAAAGUAACAGAGGGAUAGCAUAUACAGAGUUCAAACUGAUGUGUGUAACACAUGGAUAGCAUAUACUGGGUGCAAAUAAUACCGAGUAACAGUAACACAUGGAUAACAUAUACUGGGUGCAAAUAAUACCGAGUAACAGUAACACAUGGAUAACAUAUACUGGGUGCAAAUAAUACCGAGUAACAGUAACACAUGGAUAGCAUAUACUGGGUGCAAAUAAUACCGAGUAACAGUAACACAUGGAUAGCAUAUACAGGGUGCAAAUAAUACCGAGUAACAGUAACACAUGGAUAGCAUAUACUGGGUGUAAAUAAUACUGAGUAACAGUAACAGAGGGAUAGCAUAUACUGGGUGUAAAUAAUACCGAGUAACAGUAACACAUGGAUAGCAUAUACUGGGUGUAAAUAAUACUGAGUAACAGUAACAGAGGGAUAGCAUAUACAGGGUGCAAAUAAUACCGAGUAACAGUAACACAUGGAUAACAUAUACUGGGUGCAAAUAAUACCGAGUAACAGUAACACAUGGAUAGCAUAUACAGGGUGCAAAUAAUACUGAGUAACAGUAACACAUGGAUAGCAUAUACUGGGUGUAAAUAAUACUGAGUAACAGUAACAGAGGGAUAGCAUAUACAGGGUGCAAAUAAUACCGAGUAACAGUAACACAUGGAUAACAUAUACUGGGUGCAAAUAAUACCGAGUAACAGUAACACAUGGAUAACAUAUACUGGGUGUAAAUAAUACCGAGUAACAGUAACACAUGGAUAGCAUAUACUGGGUGCAAAUAAUACCGAGUAACAGUAACACAUGGAUAGCAUAUACAGGGUGCAAAUAAUACCGAGUAACAGUAACACAUGGAUAGCAUAUACUGGGUGCAAAUAAUACCGAGUAACAGUAACACAUGGAUAGCAUAUACAGGGUGCAAAUAAUACUGAGUAACAGUAACACAUGGAUAGCAUAUACUGGGUGUAAAUAAUACCGAGUAACAGUAACAGAGGGAUAGCAUAUACAGGGUGCAAAUAAUACCGAGUAACAGUAACGCAUGGAUAGCAUAUACUGGGUGUAAAUAAUACCGAGUAACAGUAACACAUGGAUAGCAUAUACUGGGUGCAAAUAAUACCGAGUAACAGUAACACAUGGAUAGCAUAUACUGGGUGUAAAUAAUACCGAGUAACAGUAACACAUGGAUAGCAUAUACAGGGUGCAAAUAAUAGCCAGUAACACAUGGAUAGCAUGUACAGGGUGCAAAUAAUAGCGAGUAACAGUAACACAUGGAUAGCAUAUACUGGGUGCAAAUAAUACCGAGUAACAGUAACACAUGGAUAGCAUAUACUGGGUGUAAAUAAUACCGAGUAACAGUAACACAUGGAUAGCAUAUACAGGGUGCAAAUAAUAGCCAGUAACAGAUGGAUAGCAUGUACAGGGGGCAAAUAAUAGCAAGUAACAGUAACACAUGGAUAGCAUAUACAGGGUGCAAAUAAUACCGAGUAACAGUAACGCAUGGAUAGCAUAUACUGGGUGUAAAUAAUACCGAGUAACAGUAACACAUGGAUAGCAUAUACUGGGUGCAAAUAAUACCGAGUAACAGUAACACAUGGAUAGCAUAUACUGGGUGUAAAUAAUACCGAGUAACAGUAACACAUGGAUAGCAUAUACAGGGUGCAAAUAAUAGCCAGUAACACAUGGAUAGCAUGUACAGGGUGCAAAUAAUAGCGAGUAACAGUAACACAUGGAUAGCAUAUACAGGGUGCAAAUAAUACUGAGUAACAGUAACACAUGGAUAACAUAUACAGGGUGCAAAUAAUAGCCAGUAACACAUGGAUAGCAUGUACAGGGUGCAAAUAAUAGCGAGUAACAGUAACACAUGGAUAGCAUAUACAGGGUGCAAAUAAUACUGAGUAACAGUAACACAUGGAUAACAUAUACAGGGUGCAAAUAAUAGCCAGUAACACAUGGAUAGCAUAUACAGGGUGCAAAUAAUACCGAGUAACAGUAACGCAUGGAUAGCAUAUACUGGGUGUAAAUAAUACCGAGUAACAGUAACACAUGGAUAGCAUAUACUGGGUGCAAAUAAUACCGAGUAACAGUAACACAUGGAUAGCAUAUACUGGGUGUAAAUAAUACCGAGUAACAGUAACACAUGGAUAGCAUAUACAGGGUGCAAAUAAUAGCCAGUAACACAUGGAUAGCAUGUACAGGGUGCAAAUAAUAGCGAGUAACAGUAACACAUGGAUAGCAUAUACAGGGUGCAAAUAAUACCGAGUAACAGUAACGCAUGGAUAGCAUAUACUGGGUGUAAAUAAUACCGAGUAACAGUAACACAUGGAUAGCAUAUACUGGGUGCAAAUAAUACCGAGUAACAGUAACACAUGGAUAGCAUAUACUGGGUGUAAAUAAUACCGAGUAACAGUAACACAUGGAUAGCAUAUACAGGGUGCAAAUAAUAGCCAGUAACACAUGGAUAGCAUGUACAGGGUGCAAAUAAUAGCGAGUAACAGUAACACAUGGAUAGCAUAUACAGGGUGCAAAUAAUACUGAGUAACAGUAACACAUGGAUAACAUAUACAGGGUGCAAAUAAUAGCCAGUAACACAUGGAUAGCAUGUACAGGGUGCAAAUAAUAGCGAGUAACAGUAACACAUGGAUAGCAUAUACAGGGUGCAAAUAAUACUGAGUAACAGUAACACAUGGAUAACAUAUACAGGGUGCAAAUAAUAGCCAGUAACACAUGGAUAGCAUAUACAGGGUGCAAAUAAUACCGAGUAACAGUAACACAUGGAUAACAUAUACAGGGUGCAAAUAAUAGCCAGUAACACAUGGAUAGCAUAUACAGGGUGCAAAUAAUAGCGAGUAACAGUAACACAUGGAUAGCAUAUACAGGGUGCAAAUAAUACCGAGUAACAGUAACACAUGGAUAGCAUAUACAGGGUGCAAAUAAUACUGAGUAACAGGAUUGUAGUAAUGGAGUAGAUAGUAUAAUUAUUCUAGUGUAAAUAAAUCCUUUUUAAAAUAUCUCUUGUCGCCAAGAAAUCACUUAUAUCCUGCUGCCUGAUUGACAGCUCUUGGGGCUGUCCUUGAGGUCCUGCAAUUCUAAGCCACUCCCAGAACUGAAUUUGAAAUUAAUUAUUAAUUAAUUAUUUGUUGUUAUGGUGUUUGCCCACAGUAACAUAAUAAUAUGAUAGCAUACCUCUGGAACGUGCACUAUUAUUGUAGUAAUAUAUUUACUAACUGCAACAAGGGAUGGAAAGAUAGCAGAUGCAGCAUUUGGUGAUGUGAUGCAACUCUUUAAUUUAGCAACAUUUAUUUUAUUACAGGACAUACAGAAUGUGCCCAUUGAUAUCCAGACCAGCCGUCUGCUGGGUAAGUGUGUGUGUGUGUGUUUGACAACUCAUAGGCAGGUAAAUUAUUAAAGCGGCACUGUCAUGCCAAACUUACCUUUCUCUAAUCGGUUCCUCUUCUCUCCCUCUGUCAGGAUAUGUUCUUCAUUUUUUCCUGUCUGCUCUAGUUUUCCUUAAAACAUAAGACAAAGUAAGGACUACUUUGUCUUAUGGAGGUUUCCUACGCUUGACCAGCUUUGACCAGCGGAGGAGCAAAGUGUGCUUCGUUUCCGGUGAUCAAAGCAAUUUUCCCACAAUUCUCACCUUUGAUCCGUGAUCUCGCGAUGCUUCCGGUUAGUAUUACCGUACGUCCUGUCACUUAGACAGAUGGCCGGCGAAACUACCGAAUUUUGUCCUAACAGAAUGAGAACAGUUUCUCCAUUCAUGUUAGGAUGCAAUUCGGGACUUAAUAAGGAUUGGCAUUUCAUUUGAAUGAAUGAAACUCCUGUCCUAUUUGUGCCGCGGCUGCAUCUUGCAGCCGCUUAGUAGAAAGCUCCCACGGUAUUAGGGAGCUAUCUACCAAAAGGCUAAAAAACAUAGAUUGGUCUUUCAGCCACAUUAACUAAUACUAAGUAAAGAUUACGUAAUGUCCAUAAAUUCUGCCCCUACUAUGUAAACUGCGAGUAGGGGUGUGUCUGAUAAACAGUGAGCAGCCCUGAGCGGCGGGUGGGGGCCCUAAAUAACAAUAAGGGGGGGGAGGCCUAUUGUCGUCAUCCCUGGCCCCACCCAUGAGCGGUAGGUGGGGGCCCUAAAUAAAAAUGGGGGGGGGGGGGCUAUUGACCCCCCAGUCCUCACCCAUGAGCGGCGGUGGGGGCCCCUAAAUGAAAAUAUUUACCCCCCUUCAGUCAACCCCCACCCAAAAAAAAUUCUUAAACCCCAACUGUGACAAGAUGAGACUUUACAGAUGCUUGGGAUACAUAAUGUGGAAAUAUUAAGCGCCAUUUGCGUUCCACGAAUGGAACGCAUACAGCCGAACCCGGAAACGGAAGUGGAACGAAGUAACACCAAACUUAUGCGUCAGAGAAUACAUGCGUUCACGGAUGGAACGCAAAAGGCCGAACCCGGAAGCGGAAGUGAAACACAUUCGAAAAGCCCGAAAAACUCCAAAAAAGACCGCCAGAGGGGAGGACAUUUAAGGCAGACUUACUGUGGACACAAACCAGCAACUGAGGAAGCCUCUAGACGAGGCGAAACGCGUUUUGCACCUUAGAUAAGGACCAACCUUCACCAACUGUAAGGUUUUCUACUGAUUUUUAUGUAUUUUAUAUAUUUAUGUGCAUAUUCAAAUAAAGCACUUUAUUUUUGAUACAUCCUGAGAGGACAUCCUAUAUUUCGAUACUGCAGGCAGCAACAAGAAGGAAGUGGGUCCCUUUAGUACCCACAGAGCUCUACUAUUGAGCCUUUGAAUUGGCUCUAUGUUUGUGAGUGCUUUAUCUCUUAUAUAUAUUGAUUACUGAUUGAGAUUGGCUAUAUUGCACUAUUUCUUAGUAUUUAUGUUCAUAUUCUAGAGAACAUUCCCAUUUGGACUAUUUUAUUGCCACUACUAUUGGAAGACUUAUUGUACUUAAUAUACUCCACCUUAUACCGUAUGUAUAAACCCCUACCCACCCCCUCACCCUAAAAUAAUAGUGAGGGGGGAACGAAAGAACUAAAUACCUGUGAAAACUAAAUAAAACUUACCAUUUGAUGUCUUCUUUUUUCUAAAAUCUUCUUUUUUCAGCCCCCAAAAAGGCCAAAUAAAAUAGUCUAUAAUACCCGUCCCACUUUGAAAAUAAAAUAAAAAACCAAAGCACACAAAAAAAAAAUACAGAAGCUAAAAACGUAUUCAAUUUUUACACAGCGAGGGCAUGGCGCAGACUGUGCUCCGCAGCGCGGGGAAAGUCUUAUAAAGCCUUCCUACGCCCUUCAAUUAGGCUCGGAGAGCUCUGAUUGGUUGGUUUAAGCCAACCAAUCAGAGUGCUCUGACAGGUAAGUCUCUAAAUGUAUCUGUCACUGCACUCUGGUUGGCUUGAAAUACAACCAAUCAGGGUGCUCUGUGUCAUUUUACACAGCAUGGGAAAGUUGUUUGGAGUUUUCCCAUGCUGUGUAAUUUGACUCAUAACAACACUCUGAUUGCUUGCUAUCAAACAGCCAAUCAGAGAGUUAUGUGAUUUUGGGUGGGGUGGGUGACUAGGGGCUUGGGGACCCCUAGGCACCUGGGGGGGUUUAACAUUUCAUUUAGGGCCCUCACCCGCCGCUCAUGGGUGGGGGCCGGGGGGACAAUAGGUCCCCCACUUCCCCUCUCCCCCCCCCCAUUUUUAUUUAGGUCCCCCACCCGCCGCUCAGGGGUGGGUGCUGGGGGGAGGAUGAUAGGUCCCCUCCAUUUUCAUUUAGGGCCCCCACCUGCCGUUCAUGGGUGGGGGCCGGUGGGGAGGACGAUAGGCCCCCCCCCCCAUUUACGUUUAGGGCCCCCACUCGCCGCUCAUGUGUGGGGGUCGGGGGGACACACGAAAGACCAAUUUAGGUCUUUCAGCCGUUUGGUAGAUAGCUCCCUGAUACCGUGGGAAUUAGGGAGCUAUCUACUAAGUGGCUGCAAGAUGCACCCGUGGCAGAAAUAGGAUCGGAGUUUCAUUAAUUCGAAUGAAAUACCGAUCCGAACAAAAUUUCGCCAGCGUUCUGUUUAAGUGACAGGACGUUCAGGAAUACUGACAGGAAGGAUUGCGAGAUCACAGAUCAAAGGUGAGAUUGGUGGGAAAACUAGAGCAGACAGGAAGAAACGAAGAACAGAUCCUGACAGAGGGAGAGAAGAGGAAUCGAUUAAACAAAGGUUAAUUUGGCAUGACAGUGCCGCUUUAAAGGAGCAUUAAGCUGAGGCUAACAGCCAAUGAGUAAUAUUCAAAGCUGACAUGCUAAUGCGGAAGUAUAACCCUCCGCGUUUGCAUAGCAGUGUAAACUGGAAGGACUGUUGAUGCCCAGCAGUGCCAGGUAAGUGUCAGAUUAACCCAGUACUUAAACGGACACUAUAGUCACUUGAACAACUACAGCAGGGGUUCUCAACGUUAGUCCUCAGGACCCCCUACCAGUCCAGGGUUUAGAGAUUACCUGGGUGUGUCUAAGGUGUUUAGAAAAUGAAAAAAAAAAAACACUUUAGAGUCUAAGGUGUUUUUUUACCUUUUUCUAAACACCUGAGACACACCCAGGUAAUCCCCAAAUCCUGGACUGGUAGUGGGUCCUGAGGACUGGGUUGAGAACCCCUGAACUACAGCUUAUUGUAUUUGUUCUGGUUAGUAUGAUCAUUCCCUUCAUGCUUUUUGCAGUAAACACUGGUUUUCCAGAGAAAAUGCAGUGCUUACAUUACAGCUUAGGGAACCUCCACUGGCCACUUCUCAUAUGGCAACUAGAAGUGCUUCCUGGGGCAGUGCUGCACAGUGUGCAGCACUGAUAUUCAGUGUCUCCGCCAUCUGCGUGGAAACAUUAAAUUUUCCUCAUAGAGAUGCAUUUAUUCAAUGCGUCUCUAUGAGGAGAUACUGAUUGGCCAAAGCUCUGUUUGGCUUGUGCUCGCUCUGACCCCCGAUCUUCCUUCUUAAAGGAACACUAUAGUCACCUAAAUUACUUUAGCUAAAUAAAGCAGUUUUAGUGUAUAGAACUGUGUAUUCCCCUGCAAUUUCACUGCUCAAUUCACUGUCAUUCAGGAAUUUACAAAAGCAAUUUACAAAAAACUUAAUUGGCAAAUCUUAUGUUUGACCUUGUAACUUUCCAAAUCACCAUAAAACCUAUACUUAUGUUGUACUGUUGUACUCGUGAGACAUUACGCUAUACAAAUAUGAGUGUUUUAGAGCAGUAAAAUGUAUUGUACUGAUAAACUGCCAUUUCACCGAUGAUAUUAUGUGUAAAAAAUGUAAAAAAAACAAAUAUAAGGGGUGGGCCCGGACCGCCAAGCUGGACUGUCGCAAGUCAGAGCAGCUACUGAAACAUGCUAAAGAAUACCCUCUAAAAACAUGUAUUACCAACCAAAAUCGGACCGACAGCGAAGAUACACAGAGCCAUGGGACUGCUGGAUCCGAGAAGAGGCUGGCUCAUUGAGCUUCAGUCCCCUGGGGGAGAAAAACUCGUUGCCCCAACCCGGCCUUCUCCGGCGGUGAGUGGGACAAACGGCCGCUGCCUCACUACCAACAGUCGGCUGCACGCACUCUCGCACCCUAACAGGGCACUUACCUCCUGACUAAGUGGCUACUAAAAAAGAGUGGAAAUACCCCAUUUUGAAUACCGUAGGUUGUCUACUUUAAAAAAAAAAAAUAUGGUUUGAUGGCAGUAAAUUACAUUGGCUAGCUUCAAAACUGUCCCAAAUAGGACAUGGGUUCAUGAUGACCAGCUGUGAAAACUCCAAGUUGGAAAACUGGAAUGCGCACCCUCCAAAUAAGGUCUUUUAGCCCCCAGAGAACCCGACACACCAAUACAGAACCCGACACACAUAUCACUGUACUCAGGAGAUGUUGCUGAACACAUAUUGGGGUGUUCUUUGGCAGUACCCUUAAAGUUCUCAGUACAUGUAUUCUUAAGUUGAAUUGUGUGUGAAAAAAAAUCACCAAUUAUUUUUUUAUUUUUUUAAAAUUUGGAUUGUUGGAAAAAAGGGUUGCAUGAAAAGAGUCAAAAUACACCAAGUUUAAUACCUUACGUAUUCUUCUUUAAAAAAAAAUAUAUAUAUAAAUGUGAAGGGUUAUUCAGGGAUUCCUGACAGAUAUGAGUGUUACAAUGUAACUUUCGUUAAAGGUACACUAGUCACCAGAACAACUACAGCUUAUUGAAUUUGUUCUGGUGAGUAGAAUUAUUAAAAUGCAGUGUUUACAUUACAGCCUAGUGAUAACUUCACUGGCCACUCCUCAGAUGGCUGUUAGAGAUCCUUCCUGGGUCAUGGUUGCCUAAACUGCAUCCAAACAUUCAGUAUUUCCUCCCUCUGCAUGCAGACUCUGAAUUUUCCUCAUAGAGAUUCAUUGAUUCAAUUCAUCUCUAUGAGGAGAUGCUGAUUGGCCAGGGCUGUGUUUGAAUCAUGCUGGCUCUGCCCCUGAACUGCCUCUUUGUCAGUCUCAGCCAAUCCUGUGGGGAGGCAUUGUGAUUAGCUCAGGCAACCAUUUCUGAUUAUGUAAACAGGCAGUGGGCAGGUCUAAAAGAAACAGGGACAAACUAUGUAGCUGUAGGCUUGAAUUCAAGUAAGAUUUUACUUUAUUUUUAGAGGCAUGAGGGGACCAGGGUGGCUAGAUGGUGGUUUUAACCCUAUAGGGUUAGGAAUACAUGGUUUUUGUUCCUGACCCUAUAGUGCUCCUUUAAUUUAAAAAAAAAAAGUUUGGAAAUAGCAAAGUGCUUCUUGUACUUAUUGCCCAAUAACUUUCCAAAAAAAGCUAAGAACAUGUUAACAUUGGGUAUUUCUAAACUCAGGACAAAAUUUAGAAACUAUUUAGAACGGGUAUUUUUUUGGCAGUUGUAGAUGCGUAACAGAUUUUGUAGAAAGUGUGUUUUUUUUUACAAAACAAUUCAGCAUGUUUUAUAAUUUUUUAUAGUAAAUUAUAUGAUGAAAACAAUGGUAUCUUUAGAAAGACCAUUUAAUUGCGAGAAAAACGGUACAUGAUAUGUGUGGGUACAGUAAAUGAGUAAGAGGGAAAACUACAGCUAAACACAAACACCGCAGACAUGUAAAAACAGCCCUGGUCCCAAAUGGUAAGAAAAUUGAAAAGCGGUCUGGUCACAAAGAGGUUAAAGGGCCAUUUCACUGCCCAAAUAUGAAAUAAAUCAAAAUGACUGUUUAGUAGAUAUACCCCAAAUGAAAAACAAAAUACACAAUCAUUUAUUCCAGAUAUUUAAAAACAGCUGAAAAAAAGCUGCAACCUCCCCUUCUAACUCCACACAGACUUUCUGUGGCUGUCCAAUCACAGACUUUCCUAUGUAGCUCAAUGAGAAGUCUUGUCCAGGCAAGUGCUCAGAGCAAUUGCCUACCUCUUGGGUUUAGCUUUACUGAGCCAACCAAACUAGGAAAUAACAUUAUCUUUUAUCUGCUUGGGUCUGGGUGCACUGUCCCAGUCCCUUUAACCCUGUAACAGUAAAUAUUGCAGUUAUUGAGAAACUGCCAUUAUUACAAUCCAGCGUCACCCAAAAUCCCAUAGGAAAGCCUUACAGAAUCUCAGCCAAUCCAGUGAUUCUCCACACAGAAGUGUUGGGGACAUUAUAUAGACCAAAUUAAUGCCAUUUUAGGGUUCUGGAGACAUUGGUAAAUUACUCUACAAAAUAUAUUUUUAAUGUGUUCACAUCUGUGUGUGCCCCAUGUUUUAUACCUGCACAGAUCUACAGAUUUAGACAAAAUGGUGAUACUAAAUUAUAGUUUAUAGUCCGCACAUACUGGUAAAGCUAUUUGGAAUAUUAUUUAUUUUAUGUUCUUCUGAUUGAUACUAAUUUGCUUCAUUAUGUAUGCUCUUUUAGACUGGCUGGUGGACCGGAGGCACUGCACACUCAAGUGGCAGAGCAAGGUACUGCAGAUCAGAGAAAAGAUUAACCAAGCCUUGCAGGACAUGCCGGAGCAUGAGGAAAUCAGGAGUCUGCUAUCUGGCACAUGUGAGAUGAUAGAAUUUGCAUAUUGCAUUAAAUAAAGAAUCGAGGAUGUGUGGAAGUUUUAGCCAUCAAUAUUACAUUUAAUAGGACUGAAUUGAUGGGAAUUUCAAGUGAAUUAAAAGUAAAUGUAAAAUUUAAGGACAAAAUAGCCAAAUUGGAAAAUGUCAUGCUUCAUAUAUGUUAGCAUAAAAAUGUAAUGGAAUACUGUAGCAUUAGAAAUACUUUCUGGUGCCCCUUAUCACAUUGUAGUCCUCACCAGUCUUGGUGCCCCUUGUCAUAUUGUUCCCCCCAACUGUACAAAGGUAAAAUCAAAAUAAGUAAAAAUGAAUGAAUUACUAACCUUUUCCUUGACGUAGCCACAAUCUCCUCCUCGCGAUGCGCCUAAUAUUCUUUCAUAGAGAAGUAUUGUAUUCAAUUAUUUAUGGCUCACUGUUGCAGCACUGCGCAUGCAUGCAGUGGUGUAUCCUGGUUUUGUGCUGCCCUAGGCAGGACAAAACUCAGGCGCCCCCCUCCCCCCCGCGCCACCCCCACCCAACCCUUCCCCCCGCCCCACCUUCUAAAUACACACACACACACAGUCAGACACAUACACAAACACACACACACACAGUCAGACACAUACACAAACACACAGUCAGACACAUACACAAACACACACAGUCACACACAUACACAGACAGUCAGACACAAACACACACACAGUCAGACACACACACACACACAUACACAGUCAGACACAAACACACACACACAGUCAGACACACACAGUCAGACACAAACUGGGACACACACACACAGUCAGACACAGACACAAACACAGUCAGACACAAACACACACACACACAGUCAGACACAUACACAGACACAAACACAGUCAGUAAUACCAAAACACACACACACACAGAGUCAGACACAUACACAGUCAGACAAACACACACACAGUCACACACACAGUCAGACACAAACACACACACACAUUAACUUUUUUUUUUAUUUAAAUCCCCCCCCAACCUCCUUACCUUUGGGAGUGCUGGGGGGGGGUCUCUCUCCCUGGUGGUCCAGUGGCUGCAGGGCGGGCGGCGCUGGCAGGCGGGCGGGCGGCCGGCGAGGGAGCACUUCCCAUGAGCUGACUGCUCAGCUCCCUCGCGCGUCGGCUGCAGAGUGAGGCUGGGAACCGGAAGAUGACGUCAUCUUCCGGCUCCCAGCCUCACUUUGCGGUGCGCGAGGGAGCUGAGCAGUCAGCUCAUGGGAAGUGCUCCCUCGCCGGCCGCCCGGGAUGUCAGUUAGCCGCGAGGCUAACAAGGCAUCUGCCCUGGGCAUUUGGGGGGCGGCGUUUUUUGCCGCCCCCUGAAAAAUGCCGCCCAAGGCAAAUGCCUUGUUUGCCUCGCGGCUAAUACGUCCCUGCAUGCAUGCAUGACAUCACAGUAUGAGAGAUGGGAAGUAAGAUUCCCUUCUCUGAUACUUGGAGUAGUGGGUUGAAGCCAUGCAUCCAAGCCUUCUAAUUGGUAAAAUAAAUGAUUUGGCGGGUUUGGACGGGGGCCGUUGGGCAGAACUGCAGGCACUAUAACAAGUUCAAUAAGAUAAAGUUAUUAAAGUGCCUACAGUCUCCCUUUAAAGUUACUUGGAAUUCCCAACAAUUCACACUUUUGUGAAUAACCCUGUGUGUAAGACUUGUUUUCUGUUGAGAAACAAUGCAGUUUGUAUUCCCCCUUAUUUUGUUUCUGUUGUCCUUCUAUUUUGCACCUUUCAUAAAUCUUUGAUAAAAAUGUGAUUUCAAAAACAGAAAAAAACCAAACAGCAAUAGGUACAAGGCCCAACCUGUGCCCUCAAUAAAACAUAAUACAAUGUCAAUGGGAAUUAUAAAAAACAUCAGAAUAAACUCAUUAGUGAUAAAGAACAUUUCAUUUCCCUUAGUGUAAGGUUACCUGAACCAAUUCCUGUGAGCCAUGCUGUCAAAACGUGCUAUGACCUCUGAAUGUCAAUUCUAACACUGGACAUUGCUGGCUACCUUCUCUUUAGUUUGGCAGGGUUCUGUAUGCACACUACUAGAAUAUCUAGGUCAAUAAAUAAGAGAACCGUGGAGGAUAUAUAAUACACAUGGUGGGCCAAAAUUCAGAUUAGGGUUUGAGGAGUCAAUAACUUUUUCAUUGAUGAGCUAGUUUCAAUAACAUUACAUACAAUUAAUGCUUAAUGUAUAGAGAUUUGUUUGACUGUGUUUGUAGCCCAAGCCUGUUAAAAUCACAUUUUACGACUUUUUUCUAUUUGCGUCAAAAUAACAGUCCUGUCAUUUUGAAAAAAAAGUCACUAUUUUUGCUCGUUGUUCCUUUGUUUAAAAAAUUACUCCUCAUGAAUCUCACAAUACCCAGUUAUAAUAUGUACAUGAAAAAAACAAAACAAUGGAACUACUAACAAAUAAGUCCUUAACCUGUCAAAUUCUCUUCUGAUUGUUGGCUCACCCUGUCUAACUGCCUAUGUUGAAUGCAGGGACUCUUGACUGUGUGCCCAAAGUUUUAUUCAGGAAAGUGUAUACCCUGUCUACAUUUCUUUAAUUUCAUCAUUUUCAUCAUUACAUGCAUUGCAGGCAAUUAUCACACAUAUUUACAAUAAAAACAAGUAAUCUAUGUCAGAUGUGUGUCCCAGGGCUCUUACCACCCACAAUGAAGCAUGGCUCAAUACUGCUAUUCUGAGGCUAACAGCUGGACAUACAGCUGCCCACAGUUAGUUGGAAUUGCACUCCUAGGUAGCAGAUGCUAUUUGCCAUCUCUUGUAAAUGCUGUGCCCGGAGAGGGGCUAGGUAGAACGAUACACUCCUGUCUCUGUCUCCCCAGCUCCUCCUCAAAACAUAUCUGAAAUGGGAGAGGGGCUGGAUUAAAAGCAGCAGCCACAAAUAGAGCUGCUGCCAGGUAGUGUAACCCCAACUAGACUGGGAAUUUUAUGUACCCUAAUCCUGUUUUUAGGAGAUAUUAUAUACAGCAUACAUAGUCCUGAAGCGUGCAUUGUGGUUAAAUACUGACAUCUCAGGGUUCUGGAGACAUUCAGUUCUCAAGCAUCAGUCUCAUAGUUUAUAAUUCAUGUUUAUAUAUGUCACCAGAACCCCACUAUAGCAUUAUUUCCCACACUUCAUACAUCUCUGACAUUUAGUCAAUUAUGGAUGAUAUAGAUGUGUUUCUGAGUGGCAGUUGAUAUGCUAUCUAAAGUAAACCUAGUAAAUCUGCAACUCCGUGUCAACAAGGCUUCAGUUACGUGUGAGGGAGAAGGAUAUUUGAGGAUUCAGGCUGAGUUGUCAAGGGAUAUGUGAGAUGCAGGGAUAUAUGACCCGAGAGACGGGAGGGAACUUUAAUAUUUACUGUGAUACAGAUAUUUUGUGAGAAAGGAAUGUGAUUUCAUAAUGUGUCUAAUAUGCCAUUGUACAGUUUGGGUGCUCAAUUCUAAUACACAAUGAUUUGUUCCAGAUAUUAAUUACUUCCACUGUCUGAGAAUUGUGGAAAUCCUGAAAGCAACAGAGGCUGCUACCAAGAACCUGUUUGGUAGAUACUCCUCUCAGAGAAUGAAGGUAUGCCAACACUCUUAUACAGACACCCAUUGUUCACCUUAUUGUAUUUGUUUUCUAACUUGGCCUUUGUUUACCCCAUUGUUUAAUUGUUUUUAUAAAGUAAAUAAAAAAACAAAAACCUGGCAAAUUAUACUAAUUGUACUUUAGUCUUGGUUAAUGCAUUGAUACUGCCUUCAUAAAAAAAUAUAUAUGGGAAAAAAAUUACAGGAAAUCCACCCAGACACUGUCUGUUUUUGUCAAUACUAUUUUUCCAGGUAUUUUGCUGUAAGAUGUAGUUAAAACAAAAUAGAAAAAUCUACUUAAAUACUGCCUAUAUUUUCAGGAUUAACACUAAAGCGAGUAUGUACCCCUAUCCCCCCUGCCCCACCCCUCCACUCUAGUAGGGUUAGUCACUAAAGUGAGUUUCAAAUAUAAGGUCAAAGUAGCCAAACUGGAAACAACAAUUUCAACCUAGAUUACUAUGUAAUUAUAUUUAUAUUAUAUAUAUAUAUAUACCCUGAUCAGCCACAACACCACAUGCCUAAUAUCGUGUAGGUCAUGCUGCAAAAAUAGCUCAGAUGCGUCGAGACAUGGACUCCACAAGAUCUCUGAAAGUCCUGCGAGUUGCCUCACAUGGAUCAGAUUUGUUGUUCAAGCACAUCCCACAGAUGCUCAAUCGGAUUGACAUCUGGGGAAUUUGGAGGCCAAGACAACACCUUAAACUCUUUGUCAUGUUCGUCAAAUUAUUCCCGAACAAUUUUUGCAGUUUGGCAGGGUGCAUUACCCUGCUGAAAGAGGCCACUGUCAUAUGGAACACCAUUGCCAUGGAAGGGUGUAUGUGAUUUGCAACAGUCUCUUGGUAGGUUGUCAAAGUAACAGCCACAUGAAUGCCAAGACCCAAGGUUUCCCAGCAGAAGCAUAACACUGCCUCCGCUGGCCUGCCUUCUUCUCAUAGUGCAUCCUGCUGCCAUCUCUACCUCAAGUAAACAACGCACACGCACCCAGCCAUCCACUUUAUCUAAAAGAAAACAUGAUUCAUCAGACCGGGCAACUAUCAUUUUCAUUGCCCCCUGGUCCAGUUCUGAUGCUCACGUCUCCACAUGAAAAGACUUUUGGCGGUGGACAGGAGUUAUCAAGGGCACUCUGACUGGUUUAUGGCUACGCAGCUCCAUACGCAGAUGCCCUGAUCCAGUUGUCUAGCCAUUGCUAUUUGACCCUUAUCAGAGUCACUCAGAUCUUUUCGCAUUCCCAUUUUCCUGCUUUUAACCCACGAAAUUCGAGAACUGACUGUUCAAUUGCUACCCACACCUUGCCAGGUGACAUUGUAAUGAUAUAAUCAAUGUUGUUAUUAUUAUUAUUUAUUAUUAUUAUGAUAUUUAUAGAGCGCCGUCAAAUUCCGCAGCGCUUUACAAUGGGUGGACGAACAGACAUGUAGUUGUAACCAGACAAGUUGGACGCACAGGAACAGAGGGGUUGAGGGCCCUGCUCAAUGAGCUUACAUGCUAGAGGGAGUGGGGUAAAAUGACACAAAAAGGUAAGGAUAGUAUUAAACUAAUGACAGUUGCAGAAGAGGAAUCAGUUAGGAGCUAUUAACAGUUUAAUUGAUACGCUUUUAUGAAGAAGUGGGUUUUUAACAAUUUUUUGAAGGAGUGGAGACUGGGUGAGCAUCUAACGGAGGAGGGAAGCGAGUUCCACAGGAACAGUGCAGCCCUCCAGAAAUCUUGAAGGCGAGCAUCAGAGGUGGGAGUACGGACAGACGAUAGACGUAAGUCUUCAGCAGAUCGUAAGGGCCUAGACGGGACAUACUUGGGUAUAAGGGAGGAUAGAUAGGUGGGAGCAGCAUUAUGUAGAGAUUUGAAAGCAAGAACCAGAAUUUUAAAUUGAGCUCUAUAUUUUAUAGGAAGCCAAUGUAGGGACUGACAGAAGGGUGAGGUAUGGGAGGUGCGGGCGGACAGGAAGAUGAGCCUCGCCGCCGCAUUCAUUAUAGACUGUAACAGCGCUAGUUGGGAGCACGUAAGACCACUGAGAAGCGGAUUACAGUAGUCAAGGUGAGAAAGGACAGUGGAAUGGACCAACACCUUAGUCACAUCUGGUGUUAAGUAAGGGCGGAUGCGCGCAAUAUUUUUGAGAUGGAAAUGACAGGAUUUGGCGAUAGAUUGAACAUGAGGCUUGAAGGAGAGGUCGGAGUCAAAGAGAACACCUAGGCAGCGAGCCUGUGUGGUGGAGCUGAUAGUAGCACUGUAGACUUGGAGAGAGACAGACACAGGAGUAACAACACUUGAGGGAGGAAAGACCAGAAUUUCAGUUUUGGUCAGGUUUAGUUUAAGGAAGUGGGCAGCCAUCCAGUUAGAAACAGCAGAGAGGCAGUCAGAGACACUAGUCAAGAGGGACGGGGAGAGAUCAGGAAAGGACAGGUAGAUUUGCAUGUCAUCUGCAUAGAAAUGAUAUUGGAAGCCAAAGGAGCUAAUGAGUUUACCAAGGGAGGCAGUAUAGAUGGAGAACAGUAGGGGACCAAGGACUGAACCUUGAGGGACACCAACAGAGAGGAGUUGGGGAGAAGAAGCAGAGCCAGAGAAAGAAACACUGAAAGAGCGCUGGGAGAGGUAGGAGGAGCACCAGGAGAGAGCAAUAUCUUGUAGACCGAUAUUGCGGAGGAUGAGAAGAAGCUGUUGAUGAUCAACAGUGUCAAAAGCCGCAGACAGGUCAAGGAGAAUUAGGAUAGAGUAGUGACCACGAGAUUUUGCAGUGAGUAGAUCAUUGGAUACUUUGGUCAGUGCCGUUUCCACAGAGUGCUUAGCGUGGAAACCAGACUGAAGCGGGUCUAGCAGAGAGUUGGACUCGAGGAAGUCUGUCAAUCUCGCAUACACAAUUUUUUCAAGGAUCUUGGAUGCAAAAGGCACUAGCGAGAUAGGACGAUAGUUGGAUGGGGAGUUAGGGUCAAGAUUGGGCUUCUUUAGAAUUAUUCACUUCACCUGUAAGUGGUUUAAUUUUGUAGGCGAUCAUUGUAUACAUUAAUGCAUAUUCUUUUUGCUUGAAUGUGUGCGCCAUCUCCUACUUUGUUUUUCUCCUCAUUGCCUGAUACAGAGUAUUUAUGACCUUCUGGAAGCAUGGAUUUUACCUUGAUGUUGAAUUGGUAGUAAAUGGCAGCACAGUCUUAAGAGAAGUUCUUUAGUUCGCCUGUGUUUUGUGGAUUUUUUUUUGUUUUGUUUAUUGUUUAUUUUUUUGUUAUUUUUUUUUAAACAAGGAUAAAUGGUGGUACAGUGGUCCACAGUGAAUACAACAUACAUUUGAGUGUAACAUUAUUGAUACAUCUGGUUAUUAACUUUUUCGCUGGACAGUGGUGUUAUAUCCCUUAGACCCCCAUUUGUAUUGUCUUUUGUGAGUUGUGCCAGUGAGGUUGGUGGAAUCCCAUGGUUUUUCAUGCAUGGCCUUCAGGUGUUGGGGGGUCGUGUUGUGGUCUCCCUUAUUGAGCGGUGCUCAGGUUGGGGAGGCAUGGAUUUUGUUUACCUUGAGGUCCAUGCUUGGUGGUAGCAUUGGGUGUAGAUCUCCUUGCAGUUUGGGUGAGCGAUGGUGUUUCGGUGUGGGGUUGAUCGGGUUGAUCGGGUUGGGGAGGGGUGAGGGACGUUUAACAAGAAGGUAUAACUGAGGAACUAUGUACAACGGAUGCAGCUCAAUGCCACAUUUCAAGGUAGGCAUAAGAUGGUGAGAUAAGAUGGUGUAAAGUAGGGUCGCCGGGAGCCACCCUCCCGCGCCCUCUCCCCCGAAGCAAGAUAGGUGUUGGAAGGGAAGGUGGAAAGGAGAAAGGGAGAGAAGGAAGAAAAAAACCAAGGAAAAACAUAAGAGGGAGACUAUUCUUGACUGCAUGGGUUGGUCCUGGGUUCUGCAGUGGGGUGCAUUUGCCUAUGGCGCAGCUAGGUGGGGUAGCUGUAUGUACUUCCUGUGUGAUCCCGUAGUGGUGUCCUGUGAGGGGUUGUCCUCUGGUUAGAGGCCUCUGGCUGUUCAAGGAUCCCAUAUUUUGUGUAAUGUCUUUUGAGUGUCAUGUAUCUGGCUGUCUAUUUGUCCAAGUGGUGCAUUUCUCUGGUUUUAGGCUUUACUGUUUCUAGGUUGGUUAUACGUUGGUCUGCCCUUAUUUCUCCGAUUGCUCAGUGCGCUGCCAGUGUUAUUCAGGCUAUCAGUUUGUUCUCACUAGUGGUGAGGGAGUCUCUUGGUUUGGACAGUAGCAUUGUCAAUGGUUCGGCUGGAACGGGUGUGGUGAUGUCCUGCUGGAGUAGAAAGUGAAUUUGUGUCCAGAAAAGUUAGAGUUUUGAGCAGUCCCACCAACCGUGGAGAAACGUCCCCUGUUCUCCGCACUGCUUGCAGCAUUGAUCCGUGGGGUUUUUCCCCAUUUUGUGUAGUCUGUCGGGUGUGAGAUACCAACGAAAAGCAUUUUAUAGGCUUGCUCUUUAUGUGUGAUGCAUGUUGUCGGGGAGCGCAUCGCUUCCCAUAUGUCGUGCCAGUCGCUGGGUUCCUUGGGGGGCUGUAGCGGGUUGUCAGAUUACCAGGGAGUUAACUAGAUCCUGCAGUUGUGUGUAGUGAUCUGAAGUGCGUCAGGGUUGGGUAAGUCUGAGUAUUCAAUGACCUUAUAUUGUCAGUACAAGUGGAGCAGUCUCGAGAUGUCUCGAUUUUAGUAAAGUGUUUGGGGGUCAUCACUGGGAGGAAGAGGUGGUUGCGAUCGAUGGGAAUGAGUGGGGAUAGGAAGGAGGAGAGGUCAUAUUUAAUUUUCAAUGCGUCCCAUAGGGUUACGGUGUGGGCUAUUGCCGGUGAAGUGGGUGGUAGGAGUGGUCUGUAAGUCUGGGGGGACCCACAUGUACUGUGUGGGGAGGUUCCAUUCUAGGAUAUUGUGCUCCAUAUCUACCCAUCGUUUUUCGCCCGGUGAUGAGCGCCAGUUGGGCUGCAUGGAAAUAUUGUUCGAAGUUGGGUAGGCCUAGGCCCCCGCGUGAUGUCAGUACAUACAUCGAGGUGCGUCUGAUUCUCGGUUUCUUGUUGUUCCAAAUAAAAAUGUUGAUAGCGGCUUGGAGUCGUUUGAAAUCUGGGAGAUUGGCAAGCUUUGGAAGACGUAUAAGAAGUGUGGGAGCAAAUUCAUUUUGAUCGACGUGACGCGGCCUAGCCAAGAUAUGUUCAGGGCUUGCCAUCUUUGUAACUCUGUGUAGGCUGCGUUGAUCACUGGUGUGUAGUUUAAGGAGUAGGCAUCUUUUAGAUUGGAUGAUAUGCGAAUUCUUAGGUAAGUGAGAGGGGUCUGUGUGAUUCUAAGUGGGAAAGUGGCUCUGUUGACACGUAGUUGUGUGUUGUCUAUACUCCGUGGCAUCAGUUCGGAUUUUGAGAGAUUAAUUUUGUACCCUAUAAAGGUGGCGUAGUGAUUUAUUAGUGUGAGUGUGGCGUGGAUAGAGUCUACCGGGUUCGUCAGUGUAAGCAGGAUGUCAUCUGCGUAUGCUGCGAUUGUGUAUGUAUCUUGUCUGAUUUGUACACCAGUGAUAUUAGGGUGGAUAGCUUGUAGCAGUGGCUCAAGGGGGAUGGCGAAGAGGAGGGGGAGAAGGGGCUGUUACUGAUCGGCAUGUAGGGUUCUAUUACGUUUGGAAGUAAGAGAUGUGCUUGUGGGUGGUCGAAGAGCGAUUUUAUAAUGUUGAGGACAUAGGGGGGGAAAUCCUAUGUGUGCCAGUACUUGAAACAAAAAGGGGCAGAGGAGGCGACCAAACGCCUUUUCCGCAUCUUGCGCAUAGGGAAAUCUUUUCCGCAUAGGGAAAUGAUUGCCGUGGGAAUAUGGCGUUUACGGGCAUACCAGAUUGUGUCGUAUGUUCUGCGCAUGUUAUCCGCUGCUUGACGCCUGGGGAUGAAUACGACUUGGUCCGGGUGUAUGAUUUUGAGGAGGACGCCUGUUUGCAAGAAUCUUUGUAAUGAUUUUCACAUCUACGUUUAAUAAGAAAAUUGGACGUCCUAGGUGGUCUUUCCAUGGUUUGGGGAUGAGGCAAAUGUGUGCAUGUCUACGGGGAUUGCGUUGCCUUGUAGGAGUGAGUUAAAUAGUUUGCAGAAAUGCGGUAAAGUUGGUCGGCGAAUGUUUUGUAACACAGGGGGUCCUCAUUUAGCGACCUACCUAUUUUACGACAGCUCGCGUUUACGACCAGGCGUAAGUACGAGCCAUCAUAGGGAUUCCCUGCUCUGGUGCGCAUGUCUAUGUUUGGGGAAACCUCCCCGAACAUAGAAAAGCGCACCAGAGCAGGAAUCCCUCAAAUCUAUGUUUGGGAAAAUUACCCUGAACAUAGAUUAAAGGGGUUCCCUGCUCUGGUGCGUUCGUCUAUGUUCGGGUAAGUUUCCCCGAACAUAGACUAACACUAACCUUCUUGGUUACAUAAGGGAGCCAGGGGUCUUUGUCGUUCGAGUCUGGGCUGCUGAGGGAGGGUACACCGCUGGUAGGCAGAGUUUCUCCAGUAGGACUGGGAUUUCUUCAGCUUGAGAGAUUGUGAACAAUUAUUUUGAAUGGGUCACCCUAUGCAUAGCGUGGCCCUUGUUGCGUUAGUUGUGUAAGUGGGCGUAUAUCCCUUCUUCCCCUUAGUGUGCUGGGUGCCAGAUCCUGUAAAAUUUGGACGUUGGCGCCUUCUAUCGUGAUGGGUGAAUCUGUGGCUAUUUGCAUCAGCCUUUCCUUUAUAUGGAAAAAGUGCAUUCGCACUAUUACAUCACAGGGUGUACUGUCAUUAAUGCUGGGGGCUCUCAGUGCUCUGUGGGCUCUGUCCAUAAGGAGGUCGGCUGGUGAGGCCUCUGGUAGAAGGCUUUGAAAUACCUCAGUGAGGGUUGAUUGCAGCAUCUCCACGGAGACUGCCUCUGCCUGAUGGUGUUGCGGCUGGUCCUGUUGCUCAGGUCCUCGUUGGCCUCCUCCUGCAGGCGGAGUUGUUCUUUUAUGUCUUGGAGGUCUGCAUCGUGGUUGUUUAGUACCUCCACUAAUUCCUCCAUUUUAUCUUCUACCUUGCGGGCCUGCGCCACGAGGUCUGCCACUCCCGCCGUGAUGGGUUGAAAGUGCGCGUGUAAUUCCUCUGCCAAAUAGGAUUUAAGAGUGGUUAAUGAAGCCUUUCAUGUCUCUGCGAGUGAGCGGGGCACUUGGGCUUUCAGAUUGUGCUGCGCUGCUCAUAUCGGAGUCGGGGGAUAGUGUCUGCGGCUUUUUGGGCCUAGCGCGAAAGAUCGGGGCCUUUCUGGACUUUCAUCCUCCCAUUAGGUGAGUGGUAGCGGUGGGUAGUGUCACCGUUGUUCACAGGGGUUUGGAGGGUAAAACGGGUACGGAUGCUUGUGAUGGCUGUAGAUUCUAGCAGGGUUAGAGCCGUGCGUUCAGAUUAUGCUGCCAUCUUCCAGCACGGUCAGGCUCCGCCCUCCCUAUUUUGAGGAUUUGAAUGCAAAAGCACCAACAUUUGGUUUGCUUCUGGACUUCCAUCUACUUUUACGGAAUUAGACCUGAGAACUGGAUGCUUCUUUCUAAAUUAUGUUAGUCCAAUAAAAAGGUAUUAUGAGAUACUAAAAUCACCUGAUAUUUUAUGUCCUAAAUAGUUACGGUUAGGGUUUGUGUUAGUGCCAUAGAUUGCGUUCAGGCAUUUGAGUAAGUGGUUAGACUUAUUGUUUAAUGUUUUUUGUUUUUUGACAAUUUUUAUUUUCAAAUGUAAUAGGGUACAAAAAGGAAGAGGGGAGGGGUUCAUAGUAGAUAAUUUCACAUUUGCUUGUUGCAGGUACAUUAUCAUGGUUAAGUUUACAUUUUUGUUAAGGUUGAGAACUCUAUGUGUGUCACAACUGAGUGGGUUAAACAGUGGCUGUAAUAUCUGUUUAACCCACUCAUAAACACCAUUUUCUUCCUUUUCUGUUGAGGUCUUACUCGUGAUGGCCUGGGUUUAUUAGCUAUCAUGCCCUGUCAUGUUUGGUACCAAGGCUCCGCAUGUUACCUGCCUCAUUGGUGAGUGUUCGGGGUUUGGGUCGGCUGGGGGGAUGGAGGAUGUGCGGGGGGGGUCAAUCGGGACAUGAAGGGAUGUAGCUGGGUUCAUAUAGGUUAUAUACUGUUCAAUUGAGGUUUUCGUAGUUGGACGUAUUCGUUCCCUCUCCGUGAGGGUUUUUAUGAUCUUGUGUGUCAUGUUAAUGGGGUUUGUUUUUGUCCCACGCCGCUGACCAGUGGAAGCUUUUCUGCUGUGUCUUCCUUGCUAAAGUUUCAUAUAGUUUGGCGUGCUCUAUUGUUUCUAUGCAUUGUUUGAGCGUUAGGGUUGUUGUUUGCUUCCACUGUCUGCUUAUGACAGUGAGAGCCGCAAUGAUAAUAUGGUAUGUCAUAUAUUUGAGGUGUGUGUAUAUGGCUCCUGUGGGAGCAGAAGUAGGAGGAACGUUUCAGGUGUUAAGGGUAGUUUCAGCCCCGUACAUCGGGUCGUUAGGUUUGCAACUUGUGUCCAGUAGUGUUGAAGCAGUGGACAGUGCCACCAUAUAUGUAUCAGAGUUCCUUUGUUUGUUUGGCAUCUCCAGCGUGUGUCAGAUGUAUCAGGGAAGCUGUGUUUGAGUCUUGUGGGAACUAAAUACCAUCUGUAGAGUAGCUUGCGUGAAAGUUCUAGGUGGUUUCUGCAGAGUGUUAGUCGUUUGUGGGCUUGGUAGAUGUCUUGCCAUUGCUGUUCCGUGAGCGGGCGUCCGAUGUCCUUUUCCCAUGCAGAUUUGAAGGAGGGUGGUUGUUUUCGGCAUUGUGUAUGUUCAGAGGUGUAAAUCAAGGAUAUGAGUUUCUUUGUAGUCUUAGUUUUGGUGCAUAUCUGUAUUAUUUUAUCCCAAUGUGGGGCUGGUAUCUGUGCUUCUGGUUGUGCCGGUUGGGAGUUCGUCCAAGAUUGUAUUUGUAGAUAAGAGAAGGUUGCUGUGGAUGGCAGAGUGUAUUCUGUUCCUAGGUCUGAAAAUUUCUUGAGUUUGUUGUUCUGUAGCAGUUGAGACACGGUUGCCACCCCAUGUCUUUGCCAGAGCUUGUGGUUAAAGUCGGGGAUGAAUAAUCAUAGUGCUUCUAUAGGGAUUUCUGGGGAUAGUGUUGUCGUUGCUCCCAUCUUUUUCCUAUAGCUGUCCCAUAUUGAGGGGGUCUGUGGGUUUUGGGUAGCCAUGCCAGAAUUGGUAGUGCAAGUCCCUUUGCAUGGUUCUUCUCUAUUUCGGUCCAUGCUGUUGGGUUAUAGUUAUGCGACGCCGUCAACAGCGGUGCUAUUUGAGCCGCUCGGUAGUAGCCUCUUACUUCGGGGAGGCCCAUCCCGCCUUGGGCGAACGGUUUGUACAUUGUAGCCUUUGCCACUCUCGGUUUUUAUAAUCCCAGACGUAGUUUAUUUAGAGUAUUUUGCAGUUCUAGUAGGUACUUUUUUGGGAGAGCGAGUGGUGUGCGGAAGAGGUAUUGGAUUUUUGGCAAUAUUACCAUCUUCACUGAGGCUAUCCGGCCUGACCAUGAGAUGUAUUUCCCCUUCCAGUUUUGGAGAAUACUUUUGAUUUCGGUUGUCAGUUUGGUGUAGUUUGCCUUAAAGAGCUUGUGUGUUGUUGGUGUCAGGUUGACCCCUAAGAAUUUGAUGUGGUCCUUUCUCCAGUCAUAGUUGAAGUUCGUUUUUAGGGUUGUCAGGUCUGGGUUGGGAAUGUUAAUUCCUAGGGCUAGUGUUUUUGCUAUGUUCAGUUUGUAGUAGGAGCACUUGCUGUAUAGGGAGAGGAUCUUGUGGAAAUUAGGUAGGGAUAUGUGUGGUUGUUCAAGUGUUAGCAGGAUGUCAUCAGCAAAUAGUGACAUUUUAUAUUCCCUGCCUCUAGUUUUAAUCCCAUGUAUGUCUGGGUUGCAUCGUAUUAGUUGGGUAAGCGGUUCCAACGCCAGAAUGUAGAGUAUCGGGGAGAGUGGACAGCCCUGUCUGGAGCCAUUUGAAAUGUGAAAUGGUUUUGAUAUGAAUCCCCCAUUUACCAUUCGUGCUGUUGGGGAGGAGUAUAGUGCGGUGACUAAUGAUAGGAACUGUGGUGGAAAGUCGAAUUUCUUCAGGACUGCCAGUAGAAAGGGCCAGUGAAGCCUAUCAAAGGCCUUCUUUGCAUCUAGGGAUAGUAAUACGCUGGGAUCUUUUUUCCCCUUUAUCUCAUAUAGUAAGUCUAAGGUUUUGCGUGUGCCGUCCGCUCCUUGUCUACCUCCCACAAACCCCACUUGAUCCUCGCCUAUAAUUGUGGGGAUAAUGGGUGCCAAUCUGUUGGAAAAAAUGUUGGCGAUAAUUUUCACGUCUGUGUUCAACAGAGAGAUGGGUCUUAGGUUUGGGCAGCGGGUCGGGGGCUUUCCUGGUUUGGGGAGCGUGGCGACAUGUGCCAUGAGCAUCUCUGAUGGCAUCAUCCCCUUCUGUAAGGCAUAGUGAAAUGUGUUCCUUAGUUGGGGGGCUAGAAUAGUUGCGAACUGUUUAUAAUAUGAAUUGGUCAGACCUUCUGGGCCUGGUGAUUUCCCGUUCGGGAGGGAUUGGAUAGUGUCUAAUAUUUCUUGCGUAGUAACAGGGCUUUGUAUAGUAUCUCUUUGUGUGGGCGUUAGUUUGGGUAGUGUUGUAGUUUGAAGGAAGUCAUCUAUGUCUUUUGUUGACGAUUGGUGUAGAGUUGGGUCUGAUUUUAGGUUGUAGAGUGAGUGAUAGUAGUCGGCUAUACCGACUGUGGGUUGUGCAGUUUCUCCCCUGUGUUCAUGAUUAGAUGUGGGAUUUUGGAAUUUGCUUGUUUUUGCCUGAGUAGGUUGGCCAGGUGCUUCCCUGUUUUGUUGCCCUGUGUGUAUGUUUUCAGUUUUAAUUUGGUAAGAAUAUGGGCCGUUUUCCCUAGUGUUAGUGCAUUGAUUUGUGAGGUGAUUUGUUUUAUAGCUUCCGCGCUGGUGUCGGAUGGGUUCAGGAGAUGUAGGGUCGUGGUGUCCCUUAAGUUUCUGAGGAGAUCCGUAUGUUCUCUGUUGCGUUGGCGUUUGAGAUAUGCUGCUUGGUUUAUCAGUUGUCCCCUCAGGACUGUUUUAUGGGCCUGCCAAAUGGAGAAGGCUGAGGCUUCGGAGUUGUCGUUAAGGUGGAAGUAGUCUAGUAGGGUUGCAGUCAGCUGUGCAGUGAAUUGCGUGUCCUGUAGAAGCGAGUCAUUGAGGCGCCACGGGGGCUUACCUCGGUGUUGGUAGGUGGAUUGUAGGGUCAGAGUCAGUGGGGCAUGAUCGAACCAUACUAUGUUCCCUAUAGCACAGCCCUCUAUCUGUGGGAGAAGUUGGCCGGAUACAAGGAUGUGGUCAAUUCUGGAGUAGGUUUUAUGUACUUGUGAGAAGAAUGUAUAUUCUCUUGUUGAUGGGUGUCGUGUUCUUCAGGCAUCGUAUAGCCCAUAUUCAUGGAGGAGUUUUGUGAAUGCUUUGUUAUUGGGCUUGAGCUUGUGGUGUCUUUUUGAUGUCCAUAGUGUUGUUGAAGUCACCGCAAAUGAUCGUGGGGGUGGUCGAGUCCCCUGGUAGUUUGUUAAGGACCUUGUGUAGGAAAUUGCGUUGCUGUUCGUUUGGGCUAUAUAGACAUACUAAGAUAAGCGGGAUAUUGUUGAUUAUGCAGUGUAGGAUCACAUAUCUUCCCUGGUUGUCUUUGUGGAUGCUGAGUAGUUCCAUGGUGAGAGAGUUGUGUAACAAAAUCAAGACCCCUCUCGAUUUGGAUGUGUGCGUUGCAUGGUACUGUGUGGCGUAUUCUCUGGUAGCGAAUGUGGGGAUGCGGUUGGUGACAAAAUGUGUCUCUUGUAUGCAGACUAUGUCUGCUUUUGUUUGUUUUUUUAGAUCCUCCAGGAGAAUGCGCCUUUUGUGUGGUGUGUUGAGGCCUUUUGUGUUGCGAGAGUAGAUGAUCAUGGUGGUAGCUACGUGGGUAGGGGAGGGUAGUUCUGUGUAUGUGUCAGAUAGUGCUGAAGGUUUAUGGUUUUGUUGAGUUUAACAGGGGGUAGGGGUGGGGUGGUGAAGGAUAGAGGGUAGGGUUAGUUGUGUUGUGGUGUUAUGUACAGAGACCCUAUGGUCUGGUACGCUAUUCGUGGGGUUUUGGAUGGGAGUUUCCAAGCGGUGGCUAGUUGGACUCCCUGUUGUAUCUGUAGGUAUAAUAAAGCUGAACUUGUCGUAAUUGAUUGAAACCUGUAAGGUAUAAGUCAUUAAAGCAUUAGAGUAUAACAUUUAACAUAAUGAUAAGAGGCGUGCAAGCAACAGUAUCAUCAUUCUCUGGUUGUACGUUUAGCCAUAUCAGUUACACAGUGUGGUAGCAUCGUGUGCUGCACCCACCCAUACCUUGUUUAUGUUUGCCUCGGGGUGCUUGGGGGUGGUUAUACUGGCUCAGGUGUUAAUGUUAGUUGCUCUGUUUAUUUUGGUGAGCUUGGGGUUUGCCCUGAUGUGAGCUACGACCUCUAAGGCUUUGUUUGUCCUAGGCUACUCGCUGGACCCCCGCUUGGUGUUCCCGGGUGCUGUUUUAAGGUGCUCUCUUUACCCAUUGGGGCACUGGACCAGGUCCCCAUAAUGCUUAAGGUGUGAAAAUCGGUAUGUGGGUAGGGUCGUCCCUAGGUUGGUGCUGCUUUACUCACAUGUAUGUUUAUAAGUGAUGGCUAAUCUGUGGCUAUGCAUAACAACAUAUAUAUUUACAAUUAUGAUACUUGCACGAAUCAUGCCUUGGUCAAUCGGUUAUUAGUGUUAGUCCAUAGUAGCAUUGUAGUUUGAGCGUUGGGGGUUGGACGUUUUUCCGCUGGAGGCUGGUCGGAGAGACCCCAUGUUGCCAAUGCCGCUUUCCCUUCUUCUGGAGUCGCAAUGUAUGUACUUUUCCCGUUCCUGGUCAGGAUGAUUUUCGUGGGGAACCCCCACCUGUAGCGAACUCCGUGGUUGCGGAGUUCCGUGGUAACCUGGUGGAAGUCCCUUCUUCGACGCAGCGUUGCCGUCGAGAGGUCUGUCAUGAUACGCACAGAUGUGUAAUCCUCUUGUGGGUCCGCUCUGCUUCGGUACUCUUUGAGAAUCAGUUCCUUGAUGUGGUAGUAAUGCGCCCUGAUUAGGACAUCACGCAUCGUGGAGUAAGGCAGGAAUCUCGGCUUUGCCACCCGGUGCACCCUGUCUAAUAGGAGCAUGUCCGUCGAGAUGUCUGGAGCGUAAGCGUUCAGGAGGCCUCUCACAUAAGGCUGCAGGUCGUCUGGGGAUACGGCUUCAGGGUUGCCGCGCAGUCUCAGGUUGUUUCUGCACGACCUGUCUUCUUGGUCAGCCAUACCGGUUUCUAUAUUUUCUAUUUUGAGAUGUAGGGCUUGCAGCUGCCCUGUCAUGUCUGCCUGUACUGUUGUGAGUGCUUGGCAGUGUUGUUCCACCGUGGCAGUGCGGGUUGACAGGUCCCGCAUCUCCUUCUUGAUUUGUUCUGCCGUUUUUUGCCAGGUGCAGAUUAGUUUAGUUGCCAUUGCUUCCAUGGCAUUUUCGAAGUGUCCUUGUGUGAGGUGUUCAGGUGGAAGGGGGUCUGCAAGCUGUGCUGGCGUGUAAUGGGGAUCUGGGCCCUCCGCGCCAUCCCGCGCUGCAUCCGCCGUGGGCGCCUGUUUCUGGCCGAAAAAGUUUGUUUUUUCGGCUUUAGUGGAAGCCUUCUUUGUUUUGGAGGUUGUCAUAAUGCUUACUUUGAUUUAAUGAUGUUCAGCUUGUUGUAAAUGCAGUUCUGAUGGAGCCCAUGUGCCGGAGCAGAUUACUGAGCGUCCAUCUUGCUCAGCGGUUAGCCACGCCCCCCUUGUUUAAUGUUUUUAAAGGGUUACUGCAAGGACCAUGACAACUUCUGCUUUUAGAAUUUUAAUGGUGUCAGGAGUCAGUAUGUACAGUGUUUCAGCACAGUGGAAACGGAUGUAUUGCAGGAAAGGAUUGCAAGGAGAAUGUCUCUUGCAAGGAGUAUGUCCACUCCCUCAUUUGCUCGCUACUUGUGUGCAGCCCUCCUGCCUACCCAAUCAGCGCAGUAUAUUUUGGUUUUCCUACCUCCCUCUCCCACUCUCUUGCUGGCUCAGAGUGCACACAUGUGAGCUUGUUAAAUGGUUCAGUCAAAUGCUUCUCUAUGAGAACCCUUUGUAUGGACAUUGCACCGCUACCAUGUACUCAGGAGGGGUCAUGGAAAGCAGCGUUGGAAGCUUCUAGCUUUCAGCUAUGGAUUCCAGGUAAGUAGUAACUUUUUGUUUUUAUAGUUAUGUUAAAAAAAACAAAAAACUGUAUGCAUUUAAAAAGGGUUCAAGUAACCCGUUAAGGUUAGGCUUUGUGGCUGGUUUGGGAAUGGUCUAAGAAAAGCGAAUAAUAUAUUGAACCUUUUCAAGUCCACCCCGUGAUCCCCAAGAUGUACUUUGGGGCCACCAGAAAAGGUUUAUAUUGAGUCCAGAAUGUAAUUGCGCAAAAAUGGUCAGUAAGUACUGUCACUUCCCUCUAAUUGCCUGCUAUAGAGAAAAAAACUAUUCAUACUUCUUUCCUACUGAUCUACUUAAUGUUCGUAGCAAGGACUAUAAUUUAUAAAACAUCAACAGUUUUUUUUUGUUUUUUUUUUCCAUUUAGUCACUGUUUCCCAGAUAAUUAACAAUAUUCCUCAUGUUUAUUGGCCUUUUUAGGAUUGGCAAGAAAUCCUGUCUCUGUACCAGGCUGAUAAUACAUAUUUGGGUGAGUGUGUUGUGUGCCUUGCUCUGUCUCAGUUUAACCUAAAAUAAACUGCAACUUUGAGCACUUUGUGUGUCCAUUUUCCCCAGGGGAGUGUGGCAGUCUCUUGGUGCGCAGUGUGACUUAUGAGAUCCCUGCUCUAAGGAAGCAGAUAUCUCGCUGCCAGCAGUUGGUCGUGGAGAGCGAGCGGCGGGCUGAAGAGUGCCUGCAUGGAGCAGCAGAACAACGGGAGCAGUAUCACAGCAGCUGCAAGCGCUAUGGGAUCAAUGUGAGGCUCACUAAAUAUUCUGUCCAUUCCAUUUAAUAAAGGUUCUUCUUCUCUCCUUAUUCUAGGAAAUGGACAAAAAGGGCAAGUCUAUGGACACAUCUCCAAUUUAUUUAUUUAUAUCUGGUUCUUGAAACUAUUUGAUAAAACCAGAGUCUCGGACACCCAUACCCUGUGAGUGACUGAGAGUGCACAGAAAAGAAAAGUACACUUCCUGCAUUAAGUGAGUACUGUCCUACCCGGACAACAGAGAUAGGCUGGGUGAGCUGGAGGCAGGUUAGCCCAGUGCUUUCUGCUUAUCAUGUUGUCCAGAUAAUACAGAAGUGUAGUUUCCUCCUUCUCUGUGCAUCAGAUGAUGGGUCGGCUGUGAGUACUUGGAAAACGUCUGAAAUUGUCAAACCACUCCAGAACAGUCUGACCAAAAACUACUUGAAAAUGCCUAUUGGUAUAUGGCUCCAUAACCACAAGCUAUAGCUGUUAUGGUGCUUGGGGCACCGGUUUGUUGGUUAUUGCAUGGAUCCAUUUACAAUGCUUUAGUAAAACUAGCUAUUUUUUAUAGAAGAAAAAGAAAUGUAUUUUCUCGUAGUUUUGCGGUCCCCUCGGUCUACUGCACUGAAUGGACAGUUUUGACAAACACAUCAUCUACCUUAUAGAAAAUUACCAUUGCUUGACCUGUUUAUAAGGAAGCUGAAUAUGACAUCUUCCAGGGAGACUCACCAGUCUACUGCCAAUAUUUCCUUUAUAGAUUCAUUGUUAAAUCAAUCAAAAUCUAGCGUUCAGUAUUAGUACUUUUUUAUUGAUAGGGAAGACUUCUACGCCUUCCUUCUCCCUUCUAUGUAUACUUUUUCACUUUGUCUUUCUUCUUUACUGAACAGGAACCCAAAUUGCUGCACAUUUUCUAAAGAUGAUUCCUCUCUCCACAGGGAGAAGAUGUACGCAAGGAGCUUCUGUUUUUAGUUCGUGAUGUCCCGUCUCUCCUGAGACGAGUUGGAGCAGACGCUGCAGCACUUUUGCCUGCUAUCCAGCUGUACCGGGCCUGUGUGAGCUUUGUUUGCGAAAGGUGAGACUUCGGUAAAUGGCAAGGGAUACCGUGAUUUAACAAGUGGAAUGCUUUUAUCUUGGCACAUAUAUAUUUUUUUUUUUUCUUAAUGCCAAAAUGAUCCGGCACACACAAAUUCCCAAAACAGCAAUUUUAUUUGGAACUCUCCAGCAACAUUUCAGCCACAAUAAGAGCAAUUAUCAAGAUUGGAAUUUUCUAAAACGAUAUUAAUAAAACAAAAUAUAUACAAAUUGGCAUAAAGUGUUGGAACUAAAACUUCAUGGAUUUCUUAAAUUGUUAUUUCAUAUAUACCAUCAUAACAUUUGUGCUUCAUUUAGUUGGCACCUAGAACUGAGGGGUGAAUCAGGACAACACACUUUGAUUUUUAGAAAUAUUUCUUCUGGAUAGACGUGUCAUACUAGCAGUUGUAGAACAAAGGAGAAAAAUAGUAAUAUGGAUGAUUAUGGUAACUAAUAAAAAUCUGAUUGGAAACAGAAAUAACAUGAAGAACUAGCUAAUGGCUACUCCAGUCACUUUAAGUAAUACUUGGUAAUGCAAUACACUCCAUUUCUAUUCUCAGUUCAUCAGAUCAGGCUGUCCCACUCCUCCUGCAUGUGCAAGAACGUGGAGACACCACUGUCUAUGAGUGGCAUGUUGGAGAAGUUCCAGAGAGAGUGGAGCGGCCAGAGAUUGAGGAAACAGAGAUUUCUCAAUCUCCAGACAAUGGAGAAGUGAGUGCGAAGGCCAUCAGAAAACAAAAUAAGUAGUUUUUCUCAAUGUGUUUACAGCCCAUUCUCCAUUUUUUCUCAGAUUGACUGGGGUGAUUUGGGGGGGCAAACUGCUGAUACGGGUAUUGUACUGGAAGACCCAGGAAGCGGCGAUAUAGACUGGGGUAUUACAGCAGAUUCAGAGGUAAGGAGCUGAUUGUCUCUAAAGGAGCAUUAAUGAUAAAAUAUUUUUAUUUAAUGUAAAGAGUUAAAUUAUAUUUCCACAUUCACUAACCAUAUUUCACCCUUAUAUUCCAUAUUUCAUGCUCACCGGCCAUGCUAACUUCCUUUUUUAUACUGCACCUCAGUCAUAAGUUAUCAUCAUUUCCUAUUUUUCAGCAAGAUUUAGUCUAAAUUAUUCCCUUUUGCCAUAUUUCCUUAAAAGAAGCAUUUUGUUGAACUGUGUUAAACACUCUCAGUACAUCUUUAUGUAGUUAUUUUAGUGCAAAGAACCUGUCCCUGUAAAUGUGAUAAAUGUAAGUCACCUGUCAGUCAGAAUUACUCGAGUAGCUGUCAGUCAGACAGCCACUAGAGGCACUUCCUUGUGAAGACUUUAAAUAAUUGAAAGCUUUCAUGUUCAGCAUCUCAUUGCUUCUCGUGUAGAAGCAUCUGAUUUGGCUGAGCGUGUCAAUUCUUGGGCAUGUGCCAUAAAGCACCAAUGCUGCACUAUGAUAAGCACUGGAUUGUUCCAAGAUCAUCCAUCAGUAUGAUAUCAGAAUAGGUUAAGGGUCUGCAGUGACUAGACUGAGAUGGCAUUUAUUAAAAGGUGAUUUUAACUUCUUUGUUUUAAUUGGGGCCAAUAAUCUAAACUAGCAGAGGAACACUCUAACAUUAUAAAUACAUAUAUUUUUUUAAAGGAAUUCUAUAGUGUUAGGAAUACAAUGUUGUAUUUCUUACACUUUAUUUCCCUCUGACACCCACCCUCGCUUGGAAAGGGUUCUUUUGACACUUAUCCAUUUCCAGCGCUGAUUUCCUUUUGUGCUGGUUCAGCACUCUGCCUCCUCCGACGUCAUCUGACUAAUGCACGAGCACAGAGCGUGAGGAUGUUCAGUGUCUGUUAGGCGUCCAAAAGUCGCCUAACCACCAGGAAGUGGCAGUCUUCGUCCUGAAAUGUAACCACUGCAUUUUUUCAAAAAAAUUACAUUGCAUGUCUAAGGGGGAUAGGGACACUGCACCCAGACCACUUCAAUGAGCUGCAGUGUCCCUUUAAUGACAUUACAUUAGAGUCCUUAAUCAUCUUGAGUCAUCUUUCAACUUAUAUUAAUAUGUUAUCAUGCAACUAAGGCAAAGUAACAUUUAAUUUACCAUAAGACAUAUCCAUUUUCCAUAUUGCAUCCACACUUAUUGCAGCAAGUCACAACCAUUUCUUUUACUGUAUGCCAUAAGUCUACCUGUCAUAGAGCACACCACUAAGUUGUAAAUGAAAACGCAUAACAUUGAAUCUAUACAUUGUGAUAGCGUUUUUAUGUACAUUUUAAUAUAAUGCACUUCAAAGGAAAAUUAUAGUGGUAGGAAAACAAAUUUGUUUUCCUAAGGGCUCUGGCUCCCUAUAGUCCCUCCACUAGCAGAAAGGGUUUUUUAACCCCUGCUAUCACCUGAUUGUAGCGCCGACUGUCAGUGCUGGCUCAGGCUCUGCCACCGUCAGCUAAUGGAGAGACCUAAUGUGCAAGCGCCAUGCUUGCAUAAGGACUUUUCCCAUUGGGGGUUUUGGGGUACGCCGCAUGUCCUCAUGCAUAGCGUGAGGAUGUCCAGCAUCAGGCAACCAAAAGUUGCCUAAAACACGAAAUUCCCCUGGUAGACAGCCACUAGAGGUGGUGUUAACAUUUCAAUGUAAUUAUUGCCGUUUAUGAAUAACUGCAAUAAUUAAAAUUGCAGAGUUACACUGCACUCAGACCACUUCAAUGAGCUGUGUGCCUAUAGUGUCCCUUCCCCACCUGUAGAUUAAUCCUCAGUGUUGGACUUCUAGGUCAGUGGCAUACAAUUCUAAGUAAAGUAUUGAGUGACAGGGGAAAGCAGGAGAAUCUUUCUACUAGGUGGUUCUCAUGCGACUGGUCACUGUGGUAUUAAUUUAGCAAGCGUUUCUCAAUCUUGUAGGUUGUGUACAGGACACUGUGAUAACAAUGUGCCUAGACUGAAGCCACGAUGUUGGCAUCCAUGGAGAGAAUUGCUCUGAUUAUAUACUGUGGCCCUGAUAGCAAAGAUAUUGUUAUAUCCUCUUAUUUUGCUUACUGGUUUAACAUUGACUAAAGAUGCUUAUUUUUCACUACUGUCAGCCAUUUCUAUCUGCAUAUCCAAGGAGCAGAGGAAGAGGAAACUUUACAAUUGUUACUGUAUUCUACUGCUAUAUCAAAUGAAAGCAUGGGAAAUGUAUACUACUUGACAAAGUCAUACGAGUGUUGGGGGUAUGGGAAUUAGGGGCUCUAUAUGAAGACCAUGUUUGAUGCUUUUUGCUGCCUGUGGAUCCUGCUGUUGAUCAAAAGAACACUUUAAAAUAUAUCAACAUGUAUAAUAAACACAAAAGAUUGUCAAAGUUAGAGCGUGUGACAAUGUAGGAAAUUCUAGAUCAGGCAUAGGCAACCUUCGGCAUUCCAGAUGUUUUGGACUACACCUCCCAUAAUGCUUUGCCAGCAUUAUGGGUGUAAGAACAUUAUGGGGGAUGUAGUCCACAACAUCUGGUGUGCCGAAGGUUGCCUAUCCCUGUUUCUAGAUCAUGGAUGUAGUGGCUGCCUAGCAGAUGUGUCAGGGGUUCAUUUGAAAGAUAAAUUAAUGUAAGGCUGACCUUAGAUUCAGUCUAACUACAAAUCAAGCUUCAGUCUAACUACAAACACAUACAAAUAAUCAAAAUGCAAAACUCAAGAACAUUUUGCCACAAAUAACCAUUUAAUAGGCACUUUAUAAUAAAAUGGUGGACACCAGGUCACUCUGAUUUAUUUAUUUUUUGUUCAGUGUUGUGUUUUACAUAUUUUCCGCUUAUUUUAUUAUUGAAGCAGGGAUGGGGAUUCCUGUCACCUGAAGGCUGGGACAGGCAGUUCUGGGCGGCGCAAUCCACUGGACUAAUAUAGGGGCACAGUGCUGGGUCAGGGCGAGUGUACUUUGCACCUUGGCUUCGUUACAGUUCUUCACUCAAUAAUGAGCACCGGACCACGAGGGAACGAUUACUGUGGUUUGCAAUUGAUGGAGGUGCAACCCACAUUCUCCCACACCAGGGUGUCCAGGCCGCUGUGCCUUCCACCUGAGCUGUCCUCCUCCUGUCAGCAUUGGGGGAUCAGGCUCAGCAGCAGCAUUUGUGAUCUGCUCACUGUUGGGCAUCCUGCUUUAACUCAGAAUCCUAGUGCUCACUCCCACCCUUCCCCCUUAAAAAAGUCCUCAUCCUGGAAUAUUAUCCCUGCUGGACCGCCAAGGAUUAUUAACCACUGCUGUGUCACCAGGGAAUUUUAACCCCCACUGGACCACCAGGGAAUUUAAACCACCACAGGCCUCCUCCCUCCAGGAAAUAAAAGCAGGAGAGGUGCAAAACACACAGCCCUCACCUCUCACACAACAUUCCACACAGACUACCUAAACCCACACAUGUUACACUCAGCCAGUGCACACCACACACAUUACACACAACAAACCCCCCAAAUAUUACAGAUAGGGAGCGCAUACCACACACACUCAUACAAAACACAGCAAGCACACACCAGACACCCUAAACACUGCCAGCACACUGAGGUAGGAUGUCUAAUUAAAAUUAUUUUGUGGGUCAAGACAAGUAGCUUGUCAUGAGGAACAAGUGUAUUGGGUUACAACGUUAGUCACAUUGUAACCCAAUAUUUAUUUUUAAAUCUCCACACCCUUGCAGAAAGUUGUUUUUUGUUUGUUUUUAUUAAAAAUGUCUUUUGGUUUUUCAUUUGCACCUAGUACAGUGUACUUUUUUAAUGCUAGAAUUUCUUGCAUGCUAAACACAUUGACGUCUUUAGACAAGCAAUUGGCAUGCGGUAUGGGGCAGUUGAUUCUAACGUCCUGUUCUGUAUUUGCAGAUAGAGGGAGCAGACACUAUAGUCUGGGACAGUGAAGAGGUGCCAGCUGCUGAAAUAAUCACAGUGGUCGAAGCAGGAAAUGACGGUGGGCGAUGGGUAGCAGGAGAAUGAAAAAAUACCUGCACUUUUUAGCCAUUGCAAACGAUGUAUCUCAAUUCUUAUUUAAUCAGAAGACAUGCACAUUACCAUAUGCAUGCUGCCCCUGUUCUCCCCGCUUACACUGUCUGAUACUUCUCCUCUGUUGUUACUGACUCAUGCAUUACUUCACCUCCUUCUGGUUACAGUGCAUGAACAAUUGUGUUUUCUCCCAGGGGACAAUUGCUAACCCUUUGUCUCAAUUCUCCCUGGUGAUACUGACUAACCCUUUGUUUUAGAUCCUUUGUUUUUCCCUUGUGACAUUUGCAAUUUCUUCUCCAAUUUCUCCUUAGAAACAUAGAAACAUAGAAUGUGACAGCAGAUAAGAACCAUUCGGCCCAUCUAGUCUGCCCAAUUUUCUAAAUACUUGCAUUAGUCCCUAGUUUUAUCUUAUAGUUAGGAUAGCCUUAUGCCUAUCCCACACAUGCUUAAACUCCUUUACUGUGUUAACCUCUACCACUUCAGCUGGAAGGCUAUUCCAUGCAUCCACUACCCUCUCAGUAAAGUAAUACUUCUUGAUAUUAUUUUUAAACCUUUGUCCCUCUAAUUUAAGACUGUGUCCUCUUGUUGUGGUAGUUUUUCUUCUUUUAAAUAUAGUCUCCUCCUUUACUGUGUUGAUUCCCUUUAUAUAUUUAAAUGUUUCUAUCAUAUCCCCCCUGUCUCGUCUUUCCUCCAAGCUAUACAUGUUAAGAUCCUUUAACCAUUCCUGGUAAGUUUUAUCCCGCAAUCCAUGAACCAGUUUAGUAGCCCUUCUCUGAACCCUCUCUAAGGUAUCAAUAUCCUUCUGAAGAUACGGUCUCCAGUACUGUGUACAAUACUCCAAGUGAGGUCUCACCAGUGUUCUGUACAAUGGCAUGAGCACUUCCCUCUUUCUACUGCUAAUACCUCUCCCUAUACAACCAAGCAUUCUGCUAGCAUUUCCUGCUGCUCUAUUACAUUGUCUGCCUACCUUUAAGUCAUCAGAAAUAAUCACCCCUAAAUCCCUUUCCUCAUAUGUUGAGGUUAGGACUCUAUCAAAUAUUCUGUACUCUGCCCUUGGGUUUUUACGUCCAAGAUGCAUUAUCUUGCACUUAUCCACAUUAGAUGUCAGUUGCCACAAUUCUGACCAUUUUUCUAGUUUACCUAAAUCAUUUGCCAUUUGGCUUAUCCCUCCUGGAACAUCAACCCUGAUUACCCUUGAUAACAUUGGCAAACCUUUUGUCAUUUCUUCCUGGUGACACUGGCAAACCCUUUGCCUAUCAGUGAGUCAUAGUGACUUAACAGACAGAAUUAAUAGGAGAUAAUAAUAAUAAACUAGUUGUUUAUUACAAGCUCCUAGACUGAAUGCAGAGCCUAAAGAGAGACAACAUGGCAAAAGAGUAGUCAAGAUCAAACUGAGGCCAGAGAUGUACACUAAGAGUUGAUAAACCAAGUCAGUCAAAAGUUUGAGAGAACAGAAAAAAAUGAGAGUAAGCCGGGUAAAGUACAAACAAAUAUAUAGAAUGCAUGUGUUGUGGGAAAUUAAAAGACAUGGUGUACCAGCGUGCUGCUUCAGAAUUAUUGCAGUUAGACACAAGAUACCAGAAGAUUUUCUUGUAUUUCAUGGUGGUGCACACUGCAUCUAGCCAGAAUUAUCUUUAUAUUGCCCCCUUCUAAGACAACUGGGCUUUUAACCCAGGACUACGAGGGAAAAUAAUGUAAAUUAUGCAGUACAUUGUGAAUCCUGGAGGCCAAAGAAGAGUUUCUGUAAUCAAGGAUGGAUCUCAUAUACUUCUUUGCCAUUUAAGAACAAACUAUAAAGUGGAUCUGCAGUUUUGUCAAGGGCUUAAGUAGUGAAGUGUGAAAUUAAUUCAAGAUGCCCAUAGGUGUUAGUAGCAUUAUUCUGGGCAAAUUCAGACCAUGACGUUCAGAUGUAAGGCAAUUAAAUAAUCAUAUUGUAAGCCUAGCACCCACAAACUAAGGAGGUGAUCAGGUGAGCCGAUCUGCCUAUAUAUGCAUAUAUAUAUGCUUUUAUGGGCAGAUUGGCUCACUUGACCACCUCCAUAGUUUGUGGGUGCUAGGCUUACAAUAUGAUUAUUUCAUUGUGCAAUACACCAUCUAUUGCCUCUGCAACCAUCAGUGUCUUCUCCCAAAUCACUAAAAAAUGUUGCCAACCUAGAAUAUAGAGAGUUAUAGGAAGCAGAAGAUUGUAUAGUUUAGGCUUAGAGAGACAUGUUCAUCACACCUCAGGCCUUAUUUUUCUUGCUGACCUUAGGUACGCAAGUUUUCUGGUCUACUUGGACAUGGAAAGCCUGAGAUGUAUCUUUUUUCAACAAUAAUUGCAGAGACCCUUUUUAUCUUUGCUACUUUUAAGUUAAAAUAGCCUGACCAGGUCAGUGUGUUCAAGCUAGAGUUUCAGGAAUAAUGAUCCUAGGAGCCAAUCUGACCAGGGAACGUUUUACUUUCUCUAUUGUUCUUUUGUGCCUAAACCUGUCAUCGAUAAAUGACAAGUACAUUAUGAGAUCUUCUAGGUCUUCAGGCAGAUCCCUGACUGUUUACUCAUCCUGUAUGGUAUCAGAAAGACCAUUCAGCCACCAGAGAUUCAUUCCAAUUGACUUUGGAUGAAAGAGUCCAAUAAUCUAAGGUAUAUUUUCCUACAAAACAAGAGCACUGUUUCAGUCUAAGAAGUGUUUUGGCUGCAUCGGUACUCCUGAAGCCUGUAACAAACUCCUGAUAUUGACAUGCAGUAGGCUUGUUGUCAAUUGUUUAUCUGGUAAAAGAUUGAUUAUUAAUGGCACCUUAGACUUGUCAGUAGUAUACGAAAAGGGGGAUAGAAAAAAAUUAUUUCUUUCUUUAUUCAUAAACCCUCUACAACCUGAAGAGUCUCCUCCAUAUCUAGCAGUAAAGGUUAAGUUAGAAGUUGCCACAAUCCCUGUCGUGGUUAAAGGUGUCACAAUGCAGUACUGUUAAGUAAUAUUGGCAUUGCCUGUGCAAACUGGUCUGUAUGAUGCUCCAGAUCUUGUGUGUCUCACAAGAAGCCUUUUGUUUAUUCAAACCUGCACUACACCUCCUGUUGUAAUGUUAAGGAGGCAUAGUGAUUCAUCAUGCCGCGUAACAGAAUCUGGCGUAACUGCUUCCUGCAUCAUAAUUGUUGUCAGUAAGGCAUGAAAUACCGGAGUACCUGAUAUGGCAGCACACAGUGCUUGUAGCCAGUUGUACAGUCCUAUUUCUCCCUGUCUAACCCUUUGUUGCUUUUCUCUCACUUAACAUCUACCAAUACUUUGCCUAAUUUCUUUAUGAUAGAACUGCCUCGUGUAUUGAAUCUCCCUGCUGACAUUGACGGUUACAAAGUCCCUAUGUCUCUAUUCUCACUAGUUACAUCUGUCGUUUGUCUUCACUCUUACCGGAUCCAUUUGUACAGGUUCUCCCUGAUUGCUUUGGUUGCUUAUUUCUCUAUUAUUUCUCCCUGUUCCUAUGUCUGUACUCUCACUAGUGACAUUUGCAAAUUCUGUGUCUGUAUUUUCCCUGGUUACACUGGCUAAUUGUACAUCUCUAUUCUGUCUAAUGACCCUGGCCAACACCCUGUCUUUAUUAUCCCUGGUAACAUUGUUUAAACCUUGGCGUGAAUUCUGCUUAAUUUCUUCCACCAUUCCCCUUAGUGGCACUGGUCAAUACGUUCUUAACCUUCUCAUUAACACAAUUUGCACUGUGUAAGAUUGGAUGUCUCUUUCUUUUUCCCAGUCCCAGUAGGUGUGGCUCGUGGAUCAGAUGCUCUCACCGUUCUAGAAAAUACAGAGACUCGAAAUCAAUUUGUGGAUGAAUUAAUGGAGGUUAUUAUUUGGUUGUUUGCGUGCACUUUCUCCUUUGCCAUUAUCCUAAUCAUUAUUUUAUGUUUAAUUUCUCUCACCGUGUUUUCACAUUUACAUAUCCUCUAAUCUAGACUUUGGGUUCUAUGCUAUUCUCAGUAACCAGCCCUUCUUUCCACCUAUUUUCCAUUUUCACUUAGUUUUUUUCAGCCUUUCCAUCCUAUUUUUAUCUCCUUCACCUCUUUCUUCCAGCCUUUCAGUCCCCUCUUUCUACUCCCUAUAAUCUGUUAGAGCAUUUACAAUUUCUCUUUUGGCUCUUUAAUUUCUGUCUUCCAACCUUUCAGUAUUGUUUCCAAGAUAGUUCCUCUAGUUCUAAUAUUGUUUCCUUGUACUGCUCCUCGACUCACCCCUUUGUUGUAGCAAUAAUAAACAAAACUGAUCUGAUGUUGUAAUGAAGUGAAUGUUUGCAAGACUAACUUGAAGUAUCCAUGAAAUGUUUACAGAUGUGUCCCAAAUGUUUCCUAAAUUUGCAGCAAUUUUUCUUCAAAGUAUUUUCUAGAACAAGAAUAUACUAAUGUUAUUAGAUAAUCUCGAUUACACCCUAAAUGCUUUUCUAAUGCUAGUCCUUUUUAUCUCACAGUUGGAGGUCUUCUUAUCCCAGUGGCUUCAGGGCCUGGAUAGUGACACAGACAUUGUGACUGUUACACAAUUUCAGUCUGCUCCAUCCAUUCUACAUGGACAGUCUCGGCAAAAAAUUGAAUCUAUGUUAUCGGUUGUACAAGAUCUAGUUGGCCGACUCACAGAUGUACGAAUAAGACACCUUUUUCUUAUACUUGCAUCUCCCCGGUGAGUGCAGCCUACAUUGUGCUACAUUGUAUACGUAUUAUAUAUUCUUGUAUACAUAUUGGACACUCAUACAUACAACUAUGUCAACAUUUAUGAUUUAUGAGACUUCUGUCAAUGCUCAUGGAACAUCUUUUCUAGGUAUGUGGAUCGUGUGACAGAUCUGCUGCGUCAGCGCCUGAGGCAGGCCGAGCUCUUGGAGAGAAAAAGUGAAGCAUGGGUGGAGAGGGGCAAGGCGGCGCAGGAGGAGAGGCUAACUCUAGAGCCCAAGCUGCUUCUUAUACAAGAAAGAAGCAAGGAGCUACAAGGGCAGGUGAGAAAUUAAUGAAGGAAAAUUAUUAAAAAGAAUCUGGAGAGUUUGGUUCUCUAGGAAAAGAGCCAACAUGCAAGGGCUGGAGUGUCUACUUAUAUCAUAAGUGCAAGUGGGUCCCAACCGUUUCCUCACUGGACACCAGCAGUUCAAGUCUUGUCACUGUACCCAGCAGGAAAACAAUUAAACAAUGCCUAAAUCUUAAAUUGUUGGUGUACCUUGAGGAGUGGGGUAGGAAUAGAGGGCACACAGAGAGACAAGGGAGAACCAAAGAACAGUGGGGGGGGUGUCUAGUCUGCUAGUGCUCUAAAAGGUGUAUGAUGAGGUGUGAGCCCCGUUUAGAUAUAAUGGAGAAGCUGAGAGAUUGUAUGGCAGAUGACAGCUGAGAGAGUGGAAAAUUGUUCCAGAAUAUGAUUGUAUUAUUCUUUAUAGUUGUGCAGAGAACACUUGUAAGGUGGGUUACAUAAACACCAGGAAGAAUCUUCUCACCUUUUCCUCCAUUUUGUUUUCAGAUUGAAGCAGACUUAUCCCGGAGGUAUAAUAACCGUCCUGUGAAAAUGAUCGGAACUGGCCUUUGAAUUUUCCUCUCUCACCUCAUACUGAGGUUUGAUUAUCAGAUAUUAAAACAUUAUUUUGAUAGUAUAUAGGAAUCUUUUAUGCUAAUAAUAAAGAGACCUUAACAUCAUGCGUCACAGUUUCCAUUUUACUCUUUUUCUCAUUGUCUCUCUCUUUCUAUAAUUUCUUUCCUCCCCCUCUCAUCUUGGUCACCCUGUGGGUGACACAUGCCUUUCUUCUCUGUUCUUUUCCCUCGUAUCAUAUCACACUGGGUGAUACACGCCUUUCCCCUCUUCCGAGCUCCCUAAUUACAUCCCAUCAGAAUGACGAGUGACCUGUCAUUGCUCAUUAUUCUGGCUGCUCGUUAUCUCUGCUCUAGGGGGGAGCUGCACCCUCCAGCCGGACACUGAGUGAUGGCAUCUAUUAAUCAGCAUCUCCACAGAGCCGUACCUGUGAAC